AAGAGAAAAGACAAAAGAUUCAGAAAACAAAAGGAGAGAGGGCCAGUGGAGAGAGAACAGUUGUGAAUCAUAAAGUUUGGUUGGCUGCAUAUCUGAGAGAUGGGCAGCUACCCAAUCAUCUUGUUGCUGUGCUGUCUCCAUGCGCAAGUUGCAGUUGUCCGUGCCCAACAAACUGUGGGCCCUACAAAUGUCCCGGACCUACCAUCUGACUGCAGGGAGGAGAUGUACCCCUGUACCAGGAUGUACUCAGUCCACCGGCCCAUCAAGAGAUGCAUCCACUCUCUGUGCCUUUACAGCCUCCCUCGAGUCUAUGUGAUCAACAAAGAGAUCUGUGUGCGCACGGUCUGCCAACAGGAUGAACUGCUCAAGGCGGAGCUUUGCAGGGAGAAAUCUGGCUGGCCCAAGAGACUCACGAGGUCAACUAAAAAACGCUGUCGUCGUGGAAACCCAAAAACCUGGGCAAACAAGGCUUAAUCAAGAGGAGGUGACACCAUGGAGAGAGAGAGAGAGAGAGAGAGAGAGAGAGAGAGAGAAGAGUGAGAGAGAUGAAGAAAAGGAAGGGCUGAACAACAAAUCUCAAAAGCUCCAGCUUAGUUACUGUUACUAGCUGGGUUUCCAUCCAACUGGUUUACAUAUUUUAAGCACAUUCAUGAAAAUUCCACCAGACAAAAUGUAAGUCUGUGUGUAUUUCCAUAUACUGUGUUAAAAGUAAAAAUGGACACUCACCUAAUCAAAAAAGGGGACUUCCUAGAGGCUGUACCAUCAAUAUGUAAGAUUGUACGGGCAACUUUAACAGCAACCACUGAAAAAUUUUAAGCAAAUAAACCCAUUUUCAUAACAUUAGCACAUUGUGCCAAAUGUGAAUCGGGAGUUUAUCCACAUCCCUCUAAUGAAUUGAUUUAUUAUUUGACUCACACGACAAGCAUUUGCGGUCAGGUUUUUCUAUUCAAAUGAUCUCAAAUUCACUAAAAGUUGGAUGAAAGCUCAGCUAUUGUUUCCUUAGAACAUUCCAACAAAUCUAAACUGACCCACAAAACAAUUUUAUAAUCCUUUAUCUCACUUUUAUUGUUUGCUUGUUGGUUUAUUUGUCUGUUUUUAAAUAAUAACCACUUGCGAGGGAUCACUUUAUUAUUUAGAUGAUGUUCUCAUGUUUACACUGACAACAACAGUGCACUUUGUUACGAUACUGAAUGUUGAAGUGUCUCACUGUUGAUUGCAUAUACCUACAUAUGUAGAGUUUUUUGCAAAAACUCUUUUUUUUUACAUUAUAUCUAUGCAUCUCCACACACCAAUCUGCAUCACUAAGAUGAGACAGGUGAGUAAAAUAAAUUAAAAUA